CUGCUGUGCAGGUAGGUAGCCGGAAUAAAGGAUCACACUGCUGUGUAGAGAGGGACGAUACUGUGUAGGAGGAGCUAUUGAUCCGGGACGCUGACUGGAUUGUGGGAUGUUAAGAUUUGCAGAAAAGGCACCAAGACUGAACUCUGCUGAGGAAUAAUCGCCAUGUCCGUGGGCACGUUACAGUCCGCAGGGAUGGGUGCCCCACUAACUUCCGUGAUGCCCUUCCGUAUCCUCAACAAAGGUCCCGAAUACUUUCGACGGCAGGUGGAGAAUGGAGCUCGGAAACCCAGUGCGGUGGAGAGACUGGAAGCCGAUAAAGCCAAGUACGUGAAAAGCAAACAAGUAGUCAGCACCAGACAAGAACCGGUCAGGCCCGUGCUGUCCCGGCAGCCGCUCUUUUCCCCGGGUGUUCGGAGAGUGCUGCUGACCCCCAACCGCAGGUGCUCCCCGACUGUAACUAGGGGGGACAAUAGAGGUGCCAAAAACUCUUUAAAUCUGGAAAUUCUUAAUAACUUGAUAAACAUUUGUGACAGUCCCCUGACUUCUCCUCGGGCAGAUAAGGUUCCUUGGCAAGAUGCUGAGAAGCCACAAAAUUCAUCCACCCCAAGCACACCAGUCAGCCACCGGACGCCCGGCACCACGGCUGUACGCAGAGUGGACGUUCGCCCUGGCGAUGCACCUCAUCCUUCCGCUUGUCCAGAUAUCCUCAUCACCCUAGCGGUCGAGUCUCCUGCCAAAUCAUGCCUCCCAACGGACAGCCCCCUCUACUCGCCCGCUGGUACCCCAAACGAAAAAGGAAAAAAGCAAACCCUUCUGCAUCGUUCCAAGUCCGACCUGAGCGACCGGUACUCCCGGGCCAGUGCCGACCUAGAACGUUUUUUCAAUUACUGCGGCUUGGAUCCCGGGGAGGUUUCCAACAUUGGAGCGGAGCAUUUGGUCCGGGCCAGUUCAGAUAUUGUGUCCGUCAAGUUCCACAGCGUCAGCGCAGAAAGCUCUGAGUAUGCGCAAUCCCAAGUCAGCGCAGGCACCCCCGAAGAGACGACGGCAACCACACGUAUUCCUUAUGGGAUUUCAAUCAUUGAACGUAACGCCAGGGUUAUAAAAUGGCUGUAUGGAUUACGGCAAGCCAGAGAGGUCCAAAAGCUGUCUGCGUAGCAGGAGGACGGGACCCUGUUGGAGACUGGACUGUGUUACAUGUGGUACUACCCGUCUGGGAGUACUGAAGACCUUGUUUCGUAGUGUUAAAUAUAAACUGUUGUUCUCCCCCCUAUCCGGCUACUGCAAAACUACAGCCCCCAUCGUUCACUGACAGCUGAGGGCUGUCAGGGCAUGUUGGGAGUUGAACUUUUGCCAUAGAAUGGGAGAUCCCUGAUAAAAAAUAUUCUGCUGGUAUUGGUAAAUUGACAUCAAGCCCAGUAUUAUCCAUGCACAACCUGUAGACAUGCAUACAUGCAUGUUGAGACUUGUAGUACCCUACCCGCUGUACGACCACCGAUUCUGUCCGGGCUCCAGCAUGCAGUUAAUGUUGUAUAGAAGUACACAUACUUUUCAGUCAUUUUUGAUAAAUGAUGCUGGAUCAUGCCUUAACCCCGUCACCCCCUGAUUUCCUUGAAUCUGAUCAUCUCAGCUCUGAGCAGGUAGCAGUCUCUGUCAUACAUUGUGUGAGCCUAAAGUCUACAGCGCACCCCGCAAGACCAAGCACAGCACCCCCUACCUGGUCUGUGCUGUGUAGGGUGUAGCCUGGUGGUUUACAGGGGCUUAUUACAUAGCAUUGGUCUUCUCAGCUCCUCCUGCACUGCAUUUCGUGGAGACAGGUCUUCUUUAAGCCAAGUAGCACAAUGCACACCAGCAUUUCAGUAGUUGUUUAGGUCUUGGAAUUGAUUGAUUGCACCUUUCUUUGUGCUAGAUGUAGUAAAGCGGAGUUUGUCAUUUAACACCCUAUAAUGCAGUAGAAUUACUUUGAGCCCUUAUGUAACAUUGGAAAUGUGCCAAAUGACAAACUCUGCUCUGCUACAUCUGGAAAAGUUAGUUCUUCUGCAUGUAGAAACUGUGUAAGGGUACUUUCACACUUGCGGCAGAGGAUUCCAGCAGGCAGUUCCGUCGCCGGAACUGUCUGGCGGAUCCGGAAAUCCGGAUGCAAACGGAUGGCAUUUUGUCAGACGGAUCCGUCUGACAAAUGCAUUG